AUGUCUUUCUUUGGCUUUGAUCCUACGGGGCCCCCACAGUCACGUGGGGGGCAAAACGAGGAAGCCUAUGAUUUUGAAAACACCUAUAAUGGAUUGGAUGAAGCAGAUGAUGCACUCAAUGAUGAGACUUUUGGUGGUGUCAGUGGUGAUAUUGGCAAAGAUUUUGAUUUUGGUGGAGUCAGCUCUGGAGCUGGAGCUGGAGCUGUACCAGUGGCUGCGCCAGCUGCUGGAGCUUCUAAAUCCGGGAUCAGUUAUGCUCAAGCCGCUUCAUCUACUAAUGACGAAGAUUUCAUGAAUGAUUUGUGGGGUACUUCCAAUGCUCCUAGAAAUGAAGAAGCUUCUGUGCCUCCCGUUGUCUCUAACCCUAAUGAAAGAAAGGUGUUGUCUUUGGAGGAAAUUGAAGCUCAGUUAACUGCCAUUGAUCCAAUGCAACAGCAACAGCAACAGCAACAAAUGCAAUUCCAUCCUCAAUAUGGUGUGAUGCCUCCUCGAUUUGGUUAUAUGAUGCCCCCUGGUGGCAUGAUGGCUCCUCCUCCUCCUGGUCAGUUUCAACAAUUUGGUAACAUGCCUAUGCAAAUGCCUCCAAUGGGUUUACCUCUUCAACAACAGCAAUUGCCCAUUCCUGAGCAGCAACAACAAAUUCCUCCACAAGGUCAAGGCCAACCACCGGUAUCAAUUCCUACUCAAGUGAUAAAGGAACAGAAUUCUUCUCAAGCCAGAAUGCCUGAGAAUGAUAUUCCUUCUCAACCUCCACGUAAGGUGGAUUUGUCUCAAUUCCCUGUGUUAGGUUCCAAGGAUUCCCAACACCAGCAACACCAGCAACAACACCAGCAACAGCAACAGUUUCAAGAACAGUUGAACUUGCAAUCCCAAGAGCCUCACCACCAUGAAAUACCACAAGAAUUACAACAACAACAACCACUUGACCAAGCUCCAUCUCAUCAACACAGCCAUCAUCAUCACCCCCACCACCAACAACAGCAGGUUCAAAGACAACAUCAGCACCAACAUCACUCUUUCCACCAAUCACACGAAGACUUAACCCCUGAACAACAAGAGAAGAUGGCCAGAAGACAAGAAAAGGUUCAAAGAAUUGUUAGAUACUCUGGAAUCAUGAACCCUAAGGAUAAGGACUUUGUUACCCGGUUCCAAUUGUCACAAAUUGUCACUGAAGAUCCCUACAAUGAAGAUUUUUAUGCUCAAGUGUUUAAGGUUAUUCAUCCCAAGGUUGGAAACAACAAUUCUCAACAACAAAGCAAUAACUCUAUUGCUCAAGCAUAUUUGGAACAAAGUGGACAUAGAUUGGGAGGCCGUAAUAAGCGUGCUGAUGUUGCACUUCAAAGAAUGCAACAACAAGUUCAAAAGGCUGUUACUGUUGCACGUGAACGGUCCAAGAACACACCCCAUGUCAAAGAAGGUGCCUUGGGUAGAUUUACGUCAGCUAGUGGUAAGAAGCCUAGACAAAAGUUGGAGAUCAUUAGUAGGGCCGCACAAAGAGAAAAGGAACGUGCUGAGAAGCAAACUAAUAAUGAGGAGCAGACUGAUGUUGAAUCCAGCAGACUCAAGACUUAUAGUCGUAAGGAUAUCUUGAAUAUUUUGGAAGAUAUCAUUGGUAAUCUUAUGAAUGUUGAAGGGGAAUUAAGAACUCAAUCGGAUGUUGAUCUUGAUAAAUUAUGGGAAUCACUAAGAGUUUUGGAGCAGCCAUCCUCCUCUGGAGAUAAUGAAUCUGAGGUGAAUCCUUUCAUUCAAUGUUUAAGUUUCAACAAGUGUUUGAAGGUCUUACCUCGUUUAUUCAAGUUUUUAAAUCGGGAACAAAUCUUAACCAUUGUGACUUUAGUGAUGUCUAAUUUGGAGAACUUGAAGGUAAUUAAAGAUGGCUCUUACACCACAUACAAUGAUAAAAAGGUACCUGAAUCCAUAACCAAAUUGGUUGACACUUAUUCCCUUACCUUUAGCAAAGUCUUGAUGAAUGCCGUUCAAGAUUUCCGAUUCAAUGAAAUCAUAGGACUCUUGGUGAUCUUAAUUGAACACAACAAUGUUUCAUUUGUUUCCACCACCAAAAUUGGUUUGAAUAUUUUAACCACCUUCUUGUCCCGUGCCGAGUUGAUCAGAGGUGAAGGUGGAAUUUCAGCUACUGAUCUCAGUGAAUGGUCUUCAUGUUAUGAUGAGUUGUUUACCUCCUUGGAGUCGAGAAUUGCAGCCAUUUUCCCUCCAAAUUCUACGGAUGGUAGUGGCGAAGAUCCUUAUAUCUGGCAAUUCUUAGCGACUUUGUCUCUUGGAGGCAAAUUGAGUCAUCAAAGAAUCAUUGUGGAUGAAGUAAGAGAUGAAAUCUUUGGAGUCAUGAACAAAGCCAAACUGUUGGACGUUUAUCGUAAACAACAGCUGUUGGCCAAUUUGAACUUAUAUUUGGUUGUCAUGGGAUUGGUUGCUGAUGAGAAUGAAAUUAAGGAAUUGUCGUAA